AUGGUCUGCAACUUGGAGCUCGAGUCAAGCCCUGCACUCCGUGAAUUCUUUCUGCGCAACUGGCUUGUCAACCCGUCUGGAAAGCAGGGCCAUUACCAGGCGGGAGACCUGCUACAAGAGCAUUACAACCGUGAGCUCGAGUCGUUCAUAGGACGUAACGACAUACCGUGGGAUUCCGACUUCAUGCGCAAAGUCGUUUCACCGAAUGUCAUUCACUUCCUUGACCUCAAAAAUCAAUGGCGAGAAGGGGUCGGGCUCAAGCCACGACGCAGCAAUCAUCCGGAACCACAUAGCAACCCUGAGGUGAAGAUCCUGCUGCAGUCGUACAAGGACACUGAUUCUGGCGCCGACCUACAUCGCUUCCGUCCUGGGCGGCGCUAUGGUAUGCAAGCGAAGGAAACGGACACGUUCGGGCAUGGCGUGGCCCAGAUGCUUAAUGGGAAGCUCGCAGAAUUUGUUACGAAAACAACACAUACUCGCUGUACUAGUAGCACAUUGGCCCAUGACCAAGGUGCUACUGGUACUACUAGCCAACACGGUGGACUCGGAGAGCCUACGGACUCUGAGGCAGUCACAGGCAAUGAUGACGCACACGAAGGGGAGCAGUCAGAGAUACCGGAUGUGGCGCAUGAAGCUGAAGACGAGGUAUAUGAUGGCGAAGGUGAGGAUGGUAUGACAGAUGGGCGAGUGGACGUCAGCGAUGGAAUGCAUGUCAUUCUCGCCGACGAGCAUAUUACUAUUGCAGACCUAGAGGAAGAGUAUGAUGAUGAGGAACAAAGCGGUGAUGAAUACGGAUACAGUAGUACCUAG